AUGGCAGAGAGAUCCAAUAGUCCAAAAUUCGAGAGACCCGAAGUGGUUCUAACAGACAUAGAUGACGAAGGCCAGGACCAGCAUUUACCCCCUCCUGGACCUUCUACUAGAUCCCAGAGUAAGAGAAAAACAGCAGUAGUAGUCAAAUCAGAAAUCGAAUUAUCCACCUUACUCAAAUUCAUUAAACCCUACGACGGUUGCCGCGAGCAACUAAAUUCAUUCCUUGUAAAUUGCAAUAACGCAUACGAACUAGCAUCAGAAUCCCAAAGGGACAUACUUUUUAAAUAUAUUCUAUGCCAGCUGCAGGGCAAGGCCGAAACGGCUUGCUCUAUCAAAGAGUUCGCCAACUGGCAUCAAUUAAAAGAUUUCCUCAAAACCCAGUUCAGUGAGAGGAAACACUACGCGCACCUCCUCACUGACCUGCAAGAUUGCAAACAAAACCCGACUGAACCUCAACCUAUCAAGGUUGACCUGCCAAAACCUGCUAAAUCCUCUGUAUCCGUGCAGCAGCCUAUCAAGGUUGACCUGCCAAAACGUGCUAAAUCCUCUGUAUCCGUGCAGCAGCCUAUCAAGGUUGACCUGCCAAAACGUGCUAAAUCCUCUGUAUCCGUGCAGCAGCCUAUCAAGGUUGACCUGCCAAAACGUGCUAAAUCCUCUGUAUCCGUGCAGCAGCCUAUCAAGGUUGACCUGCCAAAACGUGCUAAAUCCUCUGUAUCCGUGCAGCAGCCUAUCAAGGUUGACCUGCCAAAACGUGCUAAAUCCUCUGUAUCCGUGCAGCAGCCUAUCAAGGUUGACCUGCCAAAACGUGCUAAAUCCUCUGUAUCCGUGCAGCAGCCUAUCAAGGUUGACCUGCCAAAACGUGCUAAAUCCUCUGUAUCCGUGCAGCAGCCUAUCAAGGUUGACCUGCCAAAACGUGCUAAAUCCUCUGUAUCCGUGCAGCAGCCUAUCAAGGUUGACCUGCCAAAACGUGCUAAAUCCUCUGUAUCCGUGCAGCAGCCUAUCAAGGUUGACCUGCCAAAACGUGCUAAAUCCUCUGUAUCCGUGCAGCAGCCUAUCAAGGUUGACCUGCCAAAACGUGCUAAAUCCUCUGUAUCCGUGCAGCAGCCUAUCAAGGUUGACCUGCCAAAACGUGCUAAAUCCUCUGUAUCCGUGCAGCAGCCUAUCAAGGUUGACCUGCCAAAACGUGCUAAAUCCUCUGUAUCCGUGCAGCAGCCUAUCAAGGUUGACCUGCCAAAACGUGCUAAAUCCUCUGUAUCCGUGCAGCAGCCUAUCAAGGUUGACCUGCCAAAACGUGCUAAAUCCUCUGUAUCCGUGCAGCAGCCUAUCAAGGUUGACCUGCCAAAACGUGCUAAAUCCUCUGUAUCCGUGCAGCAGCCUAUCAAGGUUGACCUGCCAAAUCCUGCUAAAUCGAAUAUAUUCGAAAUCAUCAACAAUCCUGCAAAGACAUUACUACCCCAUGUCCUAGUAAAGUCCUCUGUAUCCGACAUCCCAUUAUCAUUACUAGUCGACUCAGGAUCCUCAAUUGUCAUAAACGUACCGAAGAAGUCCUCAAACAACUACGUGUUUCUCAUCUCAACCAUGAAGAAAGAGAGUCACUCUUUCAACUAUGCUCCGAGUUUUCCGACAUUUUCCACCUUCCCGGAGAAAAUCUAA